GACUACGGCCCGGAGAGCGCGCCGCUUGGCGGCGGAGGCCGGGAGCCGGCUGAAACGGCUGCCGAGACCGCGGGAGGAGCGCCAAGAUGGCAUUACCUACCAUGCCCUCCUGCUGGCCGCCCCGCAACAGAAUGCUGGAAAGGCAGAUUGUGCGUCACCGAGAGCAAGAAGCCCGAUUUCGGCAACAGUGGGAUGUCAACAGUCGCUAUUUCAAAGAAUUUGAUGUCUGGAGCUCUAAGCAGGCCCAGUGGAGCUCGAGAACAUGCUACCAGCAGAGCAUGCAAGCAUACGAACAGCAGAAACUGAAGGAGGAAAAGAAAAAGAGUUUGGCAGAACGACAAAAGCGUCUCUGUAAACUCCUGGCAGAGGAGAGGAGUCAGCUCACCAAAGAACUGAAAGAAAAGAGGCUAAAUGUGGCUUUGAGAGAGAGCGACAUGAGAGAAAGAAGCGAGAAACUGAAGUCAGCGAGAGAACAAGAAAGGAAAACGGUUGCUGAACAACUUCUGUAUGAACACUGGAAAAAGACUGAUCCCAGAAUCCGCCAGAUUGAGUCAGCUCUUCACAGGAAACAUGUGGUCGACUCCUGGGAAUCUCAGCUGUCAGAAAGAAAACAGCAAGAGACUGCCGAGAAAGAGGAAAAAGCACAGUUUGAAAACCAGUAUGAAACUGCCAGAAGGGAAGCUAUACAGCGGAUGAAACAGGAGGAAGAGAAGCAACGUCUGAAGGACAAGCAGCAGGCGGAGGCACUGCUUCAGCAGAUGGAAGAGCUCAGGCUGAAGGAGAUGGAGGCCACAAAACUGAAGAAAGAACAGGAGAACCUGUUGCGGCAGCAGUGGGAACUUGGUUUACUGGAGGAAGAAAGGAAGAACAUGGAGGAGUACAGGAAGAAGGCGGAGCUGGGGCGCUUCUUGAGACACCAGUACAAUGCUCAGUUGAACAGACGCACGCAGCAGAUCCAAGAGGAGCUGGAGGCAGACAAACGGAUCCUCUUAGUCCUUCUGGAGAAGGAAGACGAGGACCAAAGGCGGGACUCAGCCCGGCGGGAGCAGGCGGCCGCAGAUGCCGCAUGGAUGAAACAAGUCAUUGAGGACCAGCUGGAGGUGGAGAAGGCCCGAGAGGCAGAGCUGCAGCUGUUGUACAGGGAAGAGGCCAAGCAAAUGUGGGAGAAGAGAGAGGCUGAGUGGGAGAGAGAGAGGCAGGCUCGAGACCGACUGAUGAAAGAGGUUCUUACAGAGAGACAGCAUCAGCUCCAAGAAAAGAUCGAACUCAAUCGGCGUGCGCAGGAGGAAGCCUUGAAGUACCGGGAGCAGCUGAUUCGAGGCUUGGAGGAGGCGAGGGAAGAGACCCGGAGAGAAAGAAUGGAGGAGGCCGAGUUGAAAAUGGCUCGUAAGCAGGAGCUGGAGGCACAGGUCACAGAGCGCCAUCUCCAGGAACAAGAAGAACUGGAGCAGCAGAGAAAGGAGGAGGAAGAGGCUUGGCUCGCGGACCAGUUAUCGGAGGAGCUCGUGCAGCAGGAGGCGCGCCUGAUGAGCAAGCAUGGCUUUCAGUCUAAGCCAUAUGGUCGUCCCAAAAUUGCCUGGAACUGAACCUGGAUGCCCAGCAAGCACUAGGACCAAGGAUGCUGAGGUGUGACUUGUGUUGCUAGUAAACCUAACCAGGUAUUCCGGGGAUUAAAAAUAAACAUUAUAUUAUGCUCACCAUUUGGAAAGGGUCACGGUGACGUUGCUCAGAGUGAACUAACUGGGAAGAGGAGGGGGCCAGACUCUAAGGAGCUGGGGAUGGAUGCAGGCCAGCUAAUGUAAAAAUUUAGGCCUUUUCAGUUGUAAAAAUGUAAUGAAAUGUAGGUAAACAUUUAGAAUAUUUUCAAAUAGCUUUCUAUGAAAACUAACUUUAUUUAUAAAUAGCAGAAAGUUCUGAAGUUCUUAAUUAUUAAGUGCUGGGAGUUUGACUUUUCAGGAAGAAUUUCCAUGUAAACUCUUAAGACAGAACACACAAAACAGGUUGUGUCUUUCCUAUUGGUUCAUGCUCAAUUUCAAAUCCCCAACAGUUACUAGUAAAUGUAAUGUUAGUGAUAUGGUCGGCUUAUUGUUUAAACAUAAUUAAGGCACUUAUUUAUUGGAGGUAUUUUUCAAUAAAUUUUUUUAAAUGAA